AGCUCUCCGAAGGCGCGCACACACCACUUCUUUUAUUGCGAUUUUUCUUGCUUUGCCCACUCCAAAACAACAACAAGAAGAAUCCACAAGUGGACUUUUUGUUUACUCAGGAGGGGGCUGCUUCCACAAUGAGCGCCGGACAGACGUAUGAGAAGAAAAUCGCGAGUAUUUUGACCGAUCUGCCAGGAUCUAUGAGUUGCCACCCGAGCUCCAAGGACUCUCCUACUCUGCCCGAGUCUUCUGUGACGGACAUGGGCUACUACAGCGGGCAGACUGGACCGAGCCAUCACGAAUAUUAUCAGAGUCAAGCGUACGGACAGCCCAUGAACUCUUACCACCAUCAGUUUAAUCUGAACGGAAUGGGAGCCGCUGGAGCGUACGCCACCAAAUCUGAAUACCCCUACACGAAUAGCUACAGACAGUUCGGACAUUACAACAGAGAUCACCUGCAGGCCUCACCUCCGAGCUCAGUGAAAGAAGAGCCAGAGCCUGAGGUCCGCAUGGUGAAUGGAAAACCGAAAAAGAUCCGCAAGCCGAGGACGAUCUACUCCAGCUACCAGCUCGCUGCUCUGCAGAGGCGCUUCCAGAAGGCGCAGUACCUCGCGCUGCCGGAGAGAGCGGAGCUCGCGGCUCAGCUGGGCCUCACUCAGACACAGGUCAAGAUCUGGUUCCAGAACAGGAGAUCCAAGUUCAAGAAACUGUACAAAAACGGCGAGGUUCCCCUGGAGCACAGUCCCAACGCCAGCGACUCCAUGGCCUGCAACUCCCCGCCCUCCCCCGCAGUGUGGGAGAACAGCACCCCUCAGAACACCCCGAUCAGCAGACCUCAGGUCCCGCAGCCGACGCACAGCUCAUCGCCGCCAUACCUGGAGGAUUAUAACAACCACUGGUACCAGCAGGGAUCACACCUACAGCACCCGGGCACCGUGCACCACCCAGUCCCGCAGCAAAGCGUGGGAGCUGUUUAUUAACUAAAGACUCAAGAGACGUGGUCUCUCCAUAAUGACUCUGCAGAGCAAGGACUGGACCGGGAGCAGGCCUCGAGUGAAACAUUAUUUUUGGAUGUUUCAGAACUGGGGUUUCCAUUCACAAAGCACAUGAGGGAUUUCUGAUCACUUGUGGCAGCAUAUUUAACGGACAUCUGGCGUGGUUUUUUAAAUUAUUUAUCGCUUCUGUUGUAUUUCUUUCACUCCCUUUUUUGUAAAUGAAUAUGCAAUCAUUAUUGUUUUUUUUGUUUUUUUUUACAAAUAGUCUAACCACAAACAGAAUAUUGACAAAAACUGUGCAGUUGAUCCAUGCUGCAUUCAAAUCCUGCAUGUGGGCGUCAGAGAAAAGAGAACUCAGGUCAUAUUUAUAUGGAUUUGUAUAAAAACGUCGAAGGCUGUAAAUAUGUGUUUAUAUGCAGAACCACUAUGAUGAUAUUUGUUUGAAACGGAACGACUGCACUGUGGUGCUUCCAGAACCAUCCGCAUAUCCAUGUAAUUAGUCCACUUGUUGCCUUCUUGUCAAUUGAAUAAAGGUGUUAAUUG